AUGGAUUCAUUUGUUGAUUAUUUAGAACAGAAUUUGAUCAAAGAAGAAAAAAGCUGGUAUAAAGAUCAAGCAAGUGAGGUAUUAUUUGUAACUUUACAAAUCACAAAAUGUGAAAAAUUACUAAAAUUAUGUAAUAAUGCCAUAUUAAGAAAUCCUAAAAAUUUUUUUAGUUCUAAAGAAUUUUUAUUUAUACCUAGAGAUUAUUUAGCAAAAUUAUUAGAUAGAGACAUAUUAGGAUUGGAAGAAAUAGAUGUAUUUGUAGGUGUAAUUAUGUGGGGAAUGAAUAAUACACCUAAUAUAUCACAUUUUGAUGAUUUUAGAUUAUGGUCAACAGAAGAUCUUACAUCUUUAAAAUCAACAAUAAUACAAUUUUUGAAUAAAGUUAGAUUCUUUCAUAUGCAACCUGAAGAUUUUAUUAAUAAAGUUGGUCCUUUGAUUAAAAACUUUUCACCUGAAUUAAGUAAUGGAAAUGAAUUAAAAGAAGAUGAUAAUAAUAAUAAAUGGAGGCAAUGUUGUUAUAACCAGGGACCAACAUUAACUGUAAUUAGAACAAAAGAUAUCAAUGAAGAUGAGGUAGUGUUUGGUGGAUUCAAGUCGGUUAGUUGGUCAGACAAUGAUAUAAUUGGUGGAGGAAAAGGUUUUAUAUUUGGUUAUUUGUGGAAAGAUGACAAGUUAUUGUUACCUUGGAUGAUGCCUGUGAAAAAUCAUUUUUACGGAGAUAAAAUUUUAGGUGAUGGACAAUUAUUAUUUAUUAAUUUUACAAAUGGUAAUAAGUUAAUAGCGCAUGCAAACGUUUGGAGUUUAGAAGAAACAAUUGAAGAAUUGGAAGUAUUCAUAGUUUUACAUAAAGAUACAUUAUAA